GAUCGGGUUCAUGUCGCUUUAGUUACUCAGAUCCCAGCAUCACCGUGUCCUACAGUAAGAACAGUUCUGGGGAUUGGACUCAGCUGGAGAAAAUUAGCGCUCCUUCCAAUGUCAGCACAAUCAUCCACAUCUUGUACCUUCCUGAAGAUGCUAAAGCAGAGAACAUCCAUUUUCAGUGGAAACAGGAUUAUGUUCAGGCUGGUGAUGUGUAUGAAGCCUGUUGGGCAUUGGACAACAUCCUGAUCAUAAAUGCUGCCCACAGAAAGGUUGUGUUAGAAGAUAAUCUUGAUCCUGUGGAUACUGGCAACUGGCUUUUCUUUCCUGGAGCAACAGUUAAGCAUAGCUGCCAGUCAGACGGCAACUCUGUCUACUUCCACGGGACAGAAGGCAGCGAGUUCAAUUUCGCCACAACCCGGGACGUGGACCUCUCCACGGAGGAUGCUCAGGAGCAGUGGGCAGAAGAGUUUGAGAGCCAGCCUAAAGGGUGGGACAUAUUCGGGGCCGUCAUUGGUACUGAAUGUGGGACACUGGAAUCUGGCUCAGCGAUGGUAUUUCUCAGAGAUGGAGAAAGAAAAAUAUGCACUCCAUACAUGGACACUACGGGUUAUGGGAACUUAAGAUUUUAUUUCAGUAUGGGGGGAACUUGUGAUUCUGGAGAAUCCCAUGAGAAUGAUGUCAUACUUUAUGCUAAGAUUGAAGGCAGGAGGGAACACAUACCUCUUGAUACCCUGACCUAUGCUGCUUACAAGGUUCCAUCUUUGGUUUCUGUUGUCAUUAGUCCGGACCUGCAGACUCCAGCAACCAAGUUUUGCCUGAAGCAAAAGAGUCACCAAGGCCACAACAGGAAUGUCUGGGCUGUGGAUUACUUCCAUGUUCUUCCAGUGCUGCCUUCCACAGUGACUCACAUGAUCCAGUUUUCCAUCAAUUUGGGUUGUGGAACUUAUCAACCCGGUAACAGCGUCAGCUUGGAGUUUUCAACCAACCAUGGCCGCUCUUGGGCCCUGCUCCACACCGAGUGUUUGCCUGAGAUAUGUGCUGGGCCUCACCUCCCCCACAGCACCAUCUACGCCUCUGAAAAUUACAGCGGGUGGAACCGAGUAACUAUUCCCCUUCCCAAUGCGGCGUUAACAAGUGACACCAGGAUUCGAUGGAGACAAACCGGAUCAAUCCUUGGAAAUAUGUGGGCAAUCGAUAAUAUUUAUAUUGGUCCAUCUUGCCUCAAAUUCUGCUCAGGGCGAGGACAGUGUACUAGAAAUGGCUGCAAGUGCGACCCCGGCUUCUCGGGGCCGGCGUGCGAGAUGGCGUCACAGACCUUCCCCGUGUUCAUCUCGGAGAGCUUCGCCAGCUCCCGCCUCUCCUCCUACCACAACUUUUACUCCAUCCGAGGGGCUGAGCUCAGCUUCGGUUGCGGGGUCCUGGCCAGCGGCAAGGCCCUGGUCUUCAACAAGGAUGGGAGGCGCCAGCUUAUCACCUCCUUCCUCGACAGCUCUAGAUCCAGGUUCCUGCAGUUCACACUACGCCUGGGCAGCAAGUCUGUGCUGAGCACCUGCAAAGCACCUGACCAGCCUGGGGAAGGAGUCCUGCUGCACUACUCCUAUGACAAUGGCAUUACCUGGAAACUACUGGAACACUAUUCUUAUCUCAACUACCACGAGCCAAGAAUAAUUUCAGUGGAGCUGCCUGAAGAUGCAAGACAGGUUGGCAUUCAGUUCAGAUGGUGGCAACCAUAUCACUCUUCUCAAGGCGAAGAUGUGUGGGCAAUCGAUGAAAUCAUCAUGACCUCUGUGCUUUUCAAUAGCAUCAGCCUGGACUUCACCAACCUGGUUGAAGUCACGCAGUCGCUGGGAUUCUACCUGGGAAAUGUUCAGCCCUACUGUGGUCAUGACUGGACUCUUUGUUUUACAGGAGACUCGAAGUUAGCUUCUAGCAUGCGCUAUGUGGAGACCCAGUCUAUGCAGAUUGGAGCUUCAUAUAUGAUACAGUUCAACCUGGUGAUGGGCUGCGGUCAAGCGUUUACUCCUCAUAUGGACAACCAGGUGAAACUGGACUACUCCACCAACCAUGGCCUCACAUGGCAUCUUGUCCAGGAGGAAUGCCUUCCAAGCAUGCCGAGCUGUCAGGAGUUUACCUCAGCAAGUAUUUACCACUCCAGCGAAUUUACUCAGUGGAGGAGAAUCACUGUCCUUUUACCACAGAAGACUUGGUCCAGCGCCACACGUUUCCGCUGGAGUCAGUGCUACUACACAGCCCAGGACGAAUGGGCUUUAGACAACAUCUACAUCGGGCAGCAGUGUCCUAACAUGUGCAGCGGACAUGGCUGGUGUGACCACGGUGUUUGCAGAUGUGACUCAGGGUUUCAAGGUACUGAAUGCCAGCCUGAAAAUCCCCUUCCUUCAACUAUCAUGUCUGAUUUUGAGAACUCAGACAGCCUGAAGACAGAGUGGCAGGAAAUUAUUGGGGGAGAGAUCGUCAAGCCUGAAGAAGGCUGUGGGGUCAUCUCAUCUGGCUCCUCGCUCUACUUCAACAAGGCUGGAAAAAGACAGUUGGUAAGCUGGGAUUUGGACACUACUUGGGUGGAUUUUGUCCAGUUUUACAUCCAGAUAGGAGGAGACACUUCUUCAUGCAAUAAACCAGACAGCAGAGAAGAAGGUGUGCUGCUGCAGUACAGCAAUAACGGUGGUAUCAACUGGCAGCUACUGGCAGAAAUGUAUUUCUCUGACUUCAGCAAACCCAGGUUUGUCUAUCUGGAGCUGCCAGCUGCAGCCAAGACACCCUGCACAAGGUUUCGCUGGUGGCAGCCCGUGUUUUCAGGGGAAGGGUAUGAUCAGUGGGCCAUCGAUGACAUCAUCAUUUUGUCAGAGAAGCAGAAGCACAUCAUUCCUGUUGUUAAUCCCACUUUACCCCAGAACUUCUAUGAAAAGCCAGCAUUUGAUUACCCUAUGAACCAGCUGAGUGUAUGGUUAAUGUUGGCCAACGAAGGGAUGACCAAAAAUGAAAGUUUCUGCUCUGCCACCCCCUCCGCCAUGCUCUUUGGUAAAUCAGAUGGAGACCGGUUUGCAGUGACUCGAGAUUUAACUCUGAAGCCUGGAUAUGUCCUGCAGUUCAAGCUGAACAUUGGUUGCACCAACCAGUACAGCAGCUCUGCUCCCGUUCUGCUUCAGUACUCGCACGAUGCUGGGCUCUUCUGGUCACUCGUGAAGGAGGGCUGCUACCCUGCAUCUCCAGGAACAAAAGGAUGUGAGGGAAGCUCCCGGGAGCUGAGCGAGCCAACCGUGUAUCACACUGGAGAUUUUGAGGACUGGACAAGAAUUACUAUUGUUAUCCCCAGGUCACUUGCAUCCAGUAAGACUCGAUUCCGCUGGAUCCAGGAGAGCAGCUCCCACAAGAGCGUGCCUCCUUUCGGCUUAGAUGGCGUUUACAUUUCUGAGCCUUGCCCCAGCUACUGCAACGGCCAUGGGGACUGCGUCUCGGGGGUCUGCUUCUGUGACCUGGGCUACACAGCAUCGCAUGGAACCUGUGUGUCUAAUGUGCCUAAUCACAGUGAGAUGUUCGACAGGUUUGAGAGGAAGCUAAGUCCUCUCUGGUACAAGAUAACAGGAGGUCAGGUUGGGACAGGCUGUGGCGUGCUCAGCGAUGGAAAAUCUCUCUACUUCAGUGGACCUGGCAAAAGGGAGGCGAGGACUGUUCCCCUGGACACCACAAAUAUCAGGCUAGUUCAAUUUUAUGUACAAAUUGGAAGCAAGGCUGUUGGUAACUCCUGCAAUAGACCAAGAGCCAGGAAUGAAG